AUGUAUGGUUCAUCCAUUGAGACGGCUCUUUGGAAUAUCGUGGUAACGUUCUACAAGGAAAGUUUCCUAGACGGUUCAUACCCGGGCGAUAGGGCUCUAAAGUCCUCUGUGCCAUUCGUCUUGCUGAAGUCGCCAUCAUUAGCCAUUUAUGGUCGAAUGAGGAUGAAAGCAGGAGCGAUGAGGUCAAGAUCAGGCUUCAACAUCACUGUACAUGGUCCAGCUUGCAUCUUUCUCAGUGCCAUUAUGAUCCAUGCUAACAUCAACAAAGCCAAUCAGACUUUGAAUGUUCCAUAUGCGCUAGCCCAGAGUCAUUUUCAUUUGGUCGUGUCCGCUUGCAUAGCUAUCAAGUCUGACCUCCAGAAAGUCAUGACCCAUCACACAUGUUGUUCUUCCACAGUCUUCGCCUUCGAGAAUCCUGUCGCACCCAGUUGUAAUAUUGUUAGUGUUCUGGUGUGCCUUACGAUGCGGAAAGACAGUUUUGGCUCCGCUCAGCAUCCAUCUGCUGGCCUAUCUGGGUAA